CUAACCUGCAAUCUUUAAUUUCGUAGAUAGUAGCAUGUCGAAUCCAAGGGAUAUGGAAUCAACUCACAAGAGCUAUUAGGUUAUCAGCAGGGUUUCUAGUCCUAUCGUCAAGACAAUGCAAGAGUCGGCAGUUGAUUCUACCUCGAAUAUUGAUGGCAGAAAACUUCAAUGCCCAGAAUGCAACCGCCGCUUCAUCCGACCAGAGCACAUGAGGCGGCAUCUUCGCAAUCAUGAUACUUCAAAGCGAUUCGCUUGUCAUGUUUGUAGUAAGAAAUUCGCCAGAAGUGAUAUUUUAUCCAAACACCGAGCAGCUCAUGUUGCCGGCCCAUCACAGACGCCUGUUCAGAAACAUUCUAAUGGUUUCGUACCAAGCAAGUCUCGAGCCUGUUAUGCUUGCGCUAAAGCAAGAGAGAAGUGCAGCAAGGGACUGCCAUGUAUGCGAUGCUCUCGACGGGGCCUAGCUUGUGUAUAUCCGGGACACCAGCAACAUGAUAAAUAUGACCAGCUCUCUAUUGGAGGAAACAAUAAUGCAGCGAGGCAACCUAAUACGGAGAACAUUUCUGCCACUGAUCUGGCACUUACACCAGGAGAUAUCAGCGUCAAUAACCAUACCCUAGCUGCUCUUAUGUUUGAUGGAACUCAUAGUAAGUCUGAAAACGCUUCCAGUACAUCGACCGGGAGUUGUACGACCGCAAUUCAAAAUGCUCCAUGGGUACCCAUUGCAGCCUGCACAAUCUCUAAUAAUCAACUCGCGUCUAUUUCAACUUCUGAUCAUGAUCCUUCUGGAUCUGUUCAGCAGUGGCCAUACCGAAACAAUGGGCUUGAGUCGGGUGUGGAGGUCUCAAACCAACCAAUAAACUGGCUGCCGUUUGACGAAUUAAUCGAAUCAAAUUUAGGAUCCAUACUGGACGAAACUAUCCCUCUUUCUCAGAAUGACGGUGCGCAAUGGCUUUUCAUCGAUAGCAGCAAUGCAACAAAUGGGUCACCCAAAGGGGGGUCAUGGAACUUGGAUAUCCCUCUUCUGAUAGAUAUUGAUGACGAGAAAUCCAAUGGCACUUCACCAAAUAUAUCUAAGGCCGACUUUCCUCCGUCAAAGAGCACACCCUCUGCAAAUUACAGACGAGGAGAUUUGUAUGCGACAAGUUCCAACGGUGCGCGAAAUGCUUGCUCAACCCGAGCAAAGCGGUAUGGCAUAUUUCGUAAAAACGAAUUCCCUCAAACAGAUCACCCACGUAUGAACAUUACUACACUAAAUGAGCAGGUGGGAUUUCAAGACGUCGAAAAUAUGGACGUAUCCGAUGAUGGUGCCUACCAUCCUGCCAUGGCGAUAUCCAGCUUUACGUAUGACAUAAUUCUUCAACAUUUCGACGAGAUCUGUCUCCAAACACAGUUACAUAUGCCUUGUUUUGGAACGAAAAACUUUCCGUCAUUACCACUGUUGAAUCUGUUUGUAAAGCUAUAUUUCAAAUGUUUCGAUCCAAUCCUCCCGUUUAUUCACUUACCGUCCUUGGACAUGAAUAAAUCUUGGGUAUUGACAGUCGCAAUCGCUGCGAUUGGCUCACACUAUUGUCAGUCACAGGAACUAACAGAGUGCUUUCCACCUCUUCAUGAAUUUUGCAAGGUUUUGUUACAGCAAGAAUCUGAGCGUCCUCAAGAUGAGAUGACCGAUUUGCCAAUGCUACAGGCUCGAAUAUUGAAUCACAUUGGAUUCUGCUAUUCAGAAUCCGAGAAGCUUGACUCUGUAGUAAUAAGUAUUUGGAGCUUUAACUUAUCAUUGGUAAAUUCGAAGAGUCAUGAACAUUUGAUGAGAAAUCGCAACGAUAGAGUGCUAGAAUCUCAUGACUGGGACGGAUGGGUCAUGGCCGAAAGCUGGCGCCGUUUAUAUUUCACGACUCGAGUACUACAUAUUAUGAUGAUCUAUCACUUUAACCUCCGCAUCGAUCACGGUUGCGGUGUGGCUGCCGACUUUGAUCUCCCCCAAGAAAAGCUAUGGCAAGCUCGAACUCACGAGGAUUGGAUGCAAUUAUUUUUAAAAACAGAGGGAAAUCCAUCGCUCGGGGAAGCUACGAACGAACUGUUUCAGACCAAGUCUGUUAAGCCCGAACUUGGAGAGUUCUCGCACUGUAUCAUCCUGCAUGAGCUGUACAACGAGAUUGCGAAUAUAACUAUAUAUCACAGCCGGAAGCUGGCAUUAUGGACUCCAACCUCCGAAAGCACAAGCAUAUUCCCGGUAUCUUCGUCUGAGUCCCUAGGUUCAGGGGAUCGGAAACUCACAGUCUUGGGCCAUUCUGUACAGCACUCAAAUGCUACAUCCGAUUGGAGAAAUGCCGCCCUGGAUUGCAUUGAUGUUUUACAUUGGGCCGCAAACGCGAAAAUAGCGUCCCUUUCGGGAAUGGAGCACCCAAUGGUUUUACAUCUUCACUACUCUCGAAUAGUGCUUCUCGUUCCGCGCGUGGCAUUGAUGACAAUUGCGGAGUCAGCGUUGCCUGUUUCAAAUGCUAAUGAGACCGGUAUCGGAUAUAAUCAUAGUCCGAAGGCGGUGGAAGCAGCUGAGCACUACAUUCGUGAAUGGACACAAAGAGAUAGUUCUAAAGCUAGAUUAGCGGUCAUCCAUAGUGGCUGUGUCUUUUGGCACAUUCGACGAUAUUCAAGAGCAACGUUUUACGACCCUCUCUCGGCCUUCUACGCAACCUUGGCACUCUGGGCAUAUGGGUUCUACACGCCCAAGAACAAAGAUCUCACCGGUUAUGCGGCAACUAGACUUCCGAGACGAAGUUCGUCUUAUCAAGAAGACACCAUCUCCGUGGAGGGAGGCUUGGAUUGCAAUAAUUCGCAAUCUGAUGUAGAGCUGCCGCUCAGGCAGCACGUAUACUCCCGCGACCGCGACCCCACAUUCAUCCGCCUAGAUCGACCGAAUGACGACGAAAUGGUCCAGCUGUUUGUGAGCUCUAGUCGGAUUUCAAGGAUGAGUGCCCUCGUGAGUGGGGUGGGCGACAUUUGUGGCCCUGAAGGCCCAGCGUUGGUUUUGAAAGAGGGCAGAGCAAUAUUGAGCGCCAUUCCUCGAACCUGGAUCAAAGGCAGCCGUUAUAUGGAUAUGCUCCUUGCUUUAGAAAUGACCACCAGGAGUAGAUCUUUGAGGCACUGAUUUAUGCAUGAAUAAUUUCGUUCCCAGUAGAUAGGACUAUUACACAGUUCUU